AGGUCAUCGCAUGGAUUGUUAAUCAUAUUGCAACGUAAAAUGGCGACUGCGAAAUGUUCCAGUCUUCUUCGAUUUCUUGUGUGUAUUUUUAUAUUUAAAGACGCGAUAAGUCAUUCAGAUCUGCAAUUCAAUGACGACUUGGUCGUGAAGCUUAUUGAUAAAGUUGAAAGUAUGCAAGUAAAAACUGACAAUUUGGAAAAGAACAAUCGUGAUCUGAAGCAAUCUGUCAGUACUUUAAUUGGAACUACGGCAAAAUUCCGGAUACAAAUUGAAGAACUUACUGAUCGAUUGACUGAAUAUGAAAAACUGGACGCUGAAAAGAGUGUCAGGAUUAAAGGACUUGAAAAUAUGUUAAAUGCAUUAACUGAACCGGAUAAGAUAAUUGGUAAAGAAAGAGAAAUAGAACAUGAAGCUGACACUGAAAACGAUAAUGAUGAGAGUAUUAAGGAUGAUAACAGAUAUAUGAUAAGAAAAGAGAAAAGACAAACGCCAGAUAAUGUGGCAUUUACGGCUUACUUAGAUCACGUGAUCAGAAACCUUGGAACUGACCAACCAGUUGUGUACAAUCAAAUACUUCUAAAUGAUGGAGGCGCAUAUAGCGACAAAACAGGUAUCUUUUUUAUUGUAAUGUGA